GCCAAGAAAUUACAGAAUGAAAAGUGUAGCCAUGUACAUAAAUGAUAGAACUCUUUAAUAAUUUUUGGUAGGCAGCUGAGAACCUGUCUCCUUCAGACUUCACUGGUUUCCACUUGCUGCAACUAUGAUCAGCCCAAGUCUGAUCAGAGAAAGUCUCUCUUCAAUAAUGGCAUUUUCGGAGAGUUCACUUGGGGAACUUUCUUGGAUUUGUAAGGAAAAACUUGAUUUGGGUUCUCCUUGCACACAAAGAAUCAUCAUAGACAUCAUAAAUCUGGUAUUUCUUGGGGUCUUCUAUCUGUUUCUGCUACUGGGUUCAAUCAGAAAACAUCAAGUCAGUUGGAGCAAUAGAAGGGACUGGAUUUCUGUGGUGGUUUCAAUUUGUUGUACACUUAUUAGCAUUGCAUACCUUGGGGUUGGAUUAUGGGAUCUAAUAGCCAAAAACCACAGUUUUAAUCAUUUGAGCUGGUUGGUUUACCUUGUUAGAGGAAUAAUUUGGAUUUCAGUAGCAGUUUCCUUGCUUGUUACAAGAUCCAGAUGGAAUAGAAUUCUGGUUACUGUCUGGUGGGUGUCCUUUUCUUUAUUGGCUUCAGCUUUAAAUAUUGAAAUUCUAGCAAGAGCAAAUAGCAUUCAAGUUCUUGAUAUCCUACCAUGGCCUGUGAACUUUUUGCUGCUACUUUGUGCUUUGAGAAACUUCAGUCGUUUUUCUUCUCAACAAGCUUCGUAUAAGAACCUGUUUGAACCUCUAUUAGGUGCAAAGGAGGUAAAGAAUCAGAAACUAGCCCACGCCAGUUUUCUUAGCAAUUUGACAUUUUCUUGGAUAAAUCCUCUGCUUAAGUUAGGCUACUCAAAACCAUUAGAUGAUGAAGAUAUCCCCUCUUUACUUCCUGAAGAUGAAGCCGAUAUAGCCUAUCAAAAGUUUGCUCAUGCAUGGGAUUCCCUUAUAAGAGAAAAUAACUCAAACGACACUGGGAACUUGGUUCUUGAGGCUGUAGCGAAAGUACAUCUCAAAGAAAAUAUAUUUAUAGGUACAUAUGCUUUGCUUAGGGCAAUUGCAGUGGCAGUUCUUCCUCUGCUGCUGUAUGCUUUUGUUAAUUACUCAAAUCUUGAUCAACAGAAUCUGUAUCAAGGUCUUUCUAUAGUAGGGUGUCUAAUUCUCGUGAAGGUAGUCGAGUCAUUGUCUCAAAGGCGUAGCUUUUUCCUGGCAAGACAAUCAGGAAUGAGAAUAAGAUCAGCUUUAAUGGUGGCCGUCUAUCAAAAGCAGCUCAACCUUUCGAGUUUAGCCAGGAGGCGGCAUUCAACAGGUGAGUUUGUGAAUUACAUUGCAGUGGAUGCUUACAGAAUGGGAGAAUUUCCUUGGUGGUUUCACGCAACAUGGGCUUAUGUAUUGCAAUUGUUUUUAUCCAUUAUCAUCCUUUUUGGAGUUGUUGGUCUUGGUGCAGUUACAGGAUUAGUACCUCUUCUGAUAUGCGGACUUCUCAAUGUCCCAUUUGCAAGAUUUCUUCAGAAGUGUCAAUCAAAAUUCAUGAUUGCUCAAGAUGAAAGACUCAGGGCUACUUCUGAGAUCCUGAACAACAUGAAAAUCAUAAAGUUACAAUCAUGGGAAGAAAAGUUCAAGAGUUACAUCGAAUCCCUCCGAGACACUGAAUUUAAAUGGUUGACCGAAUCACAGAUUAAGAAGACCUACGGAACUAUCUUGUAUUGGCUAUCUCCAACAAUCAUUUCUUCUGUGGUCUUUGUUGGAUGUGCCCUUUUCAGGAGUGCACCAUUAAACUCUAGCACCAUUUUCACAGUGCUUGCAACAUUAAGGAGCAUGGCUGAGCCUGUCAGAAUGAUACCCGAGGCUCUUUCUAUUUUGAUCCAAGUUAAGGUCUCCUUUGAUAGAAUUAAUAAUUUUCUACUUGAUGAUGAGCUCAAGAAUGAAAGCAUUAGCACAAAUUCAUCUUAUAACUCAGGUGAAAGUAUUGCAGUUGAAGGAGGUAAGUUCAGCUGGGAUCCUGAACUAUCCAUGCCAACUCUCAGAGAAGUAAACCUGGAUAUUAAAAGGGGGCAAAAAUUUGCAGUUUGCGGACCAGUAGGAGCUGGAAAAUCAUCGCUUUUAUAUGCCAUGCUUGGAGAGAUACCUAAGAUUUCAGGAACUGUUAAUGUAUUUGGAUCCAUUGCCUAUGUUUCUCAAACUUCCUGGAUUCAAAGUGGAACUGUUCGUGAUAACAUACUUUAUGGCAAGCCAAUGGACCAGGAAAAAUAUGAGAGGGCCAUAAAAGCAUGUGCUUUGGACAAGGACAUUAAUAGUUUCAAUCACGGAGACCUCACAGAAAUAGGGCAGAGGGGACUGAAUAUGAGUGGUGGACAGAAGCAGAGGAUUCAACUCGCCCGUGCUGUCUAUAACGAUGCUGAUAUCUAUCUCCUUGAUGAUCCUUUUAGUGCAGUAGAUGCACAUACUGCUGCAAUUCUAUUUAAUGAUUGUAUCAUGACUGCAUUAGAAAAUAAAACUGUCAUACUAGUGACUCACCAAGUGGAUUUUCUCUCAUCAGUCGAUCAAAUUCUGGUUAUGGAAGGUGGGCAAAUUACUCAAUCAGGAAGCUAUGAAGAACUGUUGAUGGCCUGUACAGCAUUUGAACAGCUUGUGAAUGCUCAUAAAGAUUCAGUAACAGUAUUGGGAUCUUAUGAUAAAAGUCGAGGAGAAUCUUUAAAGGCAGAUAUUGUUAGGCAAGAAGAUUUUAGUGUGUCUAGUCAUGCUAAACAGAACAGCGAAGGAGAGAUAUCUAUGAAGGGUGUGGCAGGAGUGCAGCUAACAGAAGAAGAAGAGAAGGGGAUUGGUAAUGUUGGAUGGAAGCCAUUUCUUGAUUAUAUACUUAUUUCAAAGGGAACACUUUUUGCUUCCCUAUCGACAUUAUCCAUAUGUGGUUUUAUUGGUCUUCAAGCUGCUGCAACUUAUUGGCUAGCAUAUGCUGUUCAGAUACCUGAAAUCAGGAGCAGUAUGUUGAUCGGAGUUUACACUCUGAUAUCAUCGCUUAGUGCUAGUUUUGUAUAUUUGAGGUCUUACCUUGCAGUCCUUCUUGGAUUAAAAGCUUCUAAGUCCUUCUUUUCUGGCUUCACCAAUACAAUCUUUAAAGCUCCAAUGCUCUUCUUUGAUUCUACUCCAGUUGGACGGAUCCUGACUCGUGCUUCAUCAGAUCUGAGUAUCUUGGAUUUUGACAUUCCUUUCUCCUACGUCUUUGCGGCUGGUGGUCUAGUGGAGCUUGUAGUUACCAUAGGAAUUAUGGCCUCGGUCACAUGGCAAGUUCUUGUUAUAGCAGUCCUUGCUAUAGUAGGUGCAAAAUAUAUUCAGGAUUAUUAUUUAGCCUCCGCAAGAGAACUGAUAAGGAUCAAUGGUACGACGAAGGCCCCUGUCAUGAAUUAUGCAGCUGAAACAUCACUUGGUGUUGUUACAAUAAGAGCUUUCAAAAUGGUGGAUAGGUUCUUUCAGAAUUACCUGAAGCUUGUUGACAAGGAUGCUGUUCUUUUCUUCCUUUCUAAUGGGGCAAUGGAGUGGUUAAUUAUAAGGACAGAGGCACUGCAAAAUGUGACUUUAUUCACUGCUGCUCUUUUGCUCGUAUUGCUUCCAAAAGGCGUUGUCACUCCAGGACUUAUAGGACUUUCAUUGUCUUAUGCAUUGUCUCUAACUGGCACCCAAGUUUUCGUGACUCGUUGGUAUUGCAAUUUAGCAAACUACGUAAUAUCAGUUGAAAGGAUUAAGCAGUUCAUGCACAUUCCAUCAGAACCACCAGCAGUUGUGGAGGAUAAUAGGCCACCAUCUUCCUGGCCUCCUGAGGGUAGGAUAGAGCUCCAAGACCUGAAGAUAAGAUAUCGUCCGAAUGCUCCACUAGUUCUCAAAGGAAUCAACUGCAUAUUUGAGGAAGGGACUAGAGUAGGAGUUGUAGGGAGAACUGGAAGCGGAAAAACCACAUUAAUCAGUGCUUUGUUUCGCUUAGUAGAGCCUGCAAGUGGUCGAAUUCUUAUAGACGGACUUGACAUAUGUUCUAUUGGCCUCAGAGAUUUAAGGACAAAGCUCAGCAUUAUUCCUCAAGAAGCAACGCUUUUCAGGGGUAGCGUUCGGACAAAUCUCGAUCCUUUAGGUCUGUAUUCUGAUCCUGAAAUAUGGGAGGCUUUGGAGAAGUGUCAGCUUAAGACAACAAUUAGCAGUCUGCCUAAUCAACUAGACUCUUCAGUGAGUGAUGAAGGUGAAAAUUGGAGUGCCGGACAACGCCAACUAUUUUGCCUAGGAAGAGUACUUCUGAGGAGAAACAGAAUUCUAGUUCUGGAUGAAGCUACUGCUUCCAUUGACUCUGCUACUGAUGCAAUUUUACAAAGAAUCAUCAGACAAGAAUUCUCAAUGUGUACGGUGAUAACAGUUGCUCAUAGAGUUCCCACUGUUAUAGAUAGUGACAUGGUCAUGGUCCUUUCUUAUGGGAAACUGGAGGAGUAUGAUGAACCUUUAAAGCUGAUGGAGAUUAAUUCUAGCUUCUCUAAGCUUGUAGCUGAGUACUGGUCUAGUUGCAGGAGGAACUCCGAGAAGAACUUCGGCAAAUAUUAAUGACAGUUCUUCUGAAAAUAAUAGCGAGAGUACAAUAUUCCAGGCUUCCACAAACGAGUCCAAUGUGUUGAGAGUCAUCACCACCUCUCCUUCUCUUUCUCUAAUUGCCUAGAAAAGUCUUUCUCUACUUAUCUAAUAACUGAAAAAAAAGAAAAAAAAAAUACUUAAUAUUGUAGUAAAAGUAUUUGUACUUGAGUUUUUAUUAAUAAAUAAAUAAAAGAGUUGUAUGUGUGCAAUUAAGUCCUCCACAUAAAUUCUAUACAAUGUACUCAGCUCCAUGCAUAUAUGAUGUGAAUAUUUUCCAAGUCAGAUUACUUUAAUAUAGUUGGUUUAUAAUAUUCUUUUCAAUAA